GAUAGAAAAUAUUAAUGUUAACUUUAUAACUUUUGUCAAUCUAUAUUCAAAUCAUAAAUAUGACACAAUUAUUAACAUAGUUGAAGUUAAAUCAACGUGGAGCAGAAUGGUCCGAGUUACCGUAACUGUGUAACUGACAGGGAAAAAAUGUCUUUCACGCUACAUGUCACUCGGUGUUUCAUCUACACAUGUACACAAUUUUUAAUUUUAUAACGCGUCAUCUGGUUGGUUGUUCUCAUUGUGUUGGCCAAUGAUAUGGCGUUUUAGAACCAAGCAUUCGAUUGACAAAAUAUGACAGCAAAACACAGACAUGUAGCGAGAAAGUCAACUUUAAUUCAAUAUUAAAGUUAUUAGCCGAGCAGGAGAUCGUAAAGACCUAAUAAAAAACACUAUGGACAGAAGGAAAAGAGAGAGAGAACGAGAACGAAAGAGAACUGCAAGGCAACUACUACAGGCUAAGCUUCAUACAACUCCAGAUCACAGAAAUCUCCACACUGAAACUACACAAGCACAGUCUAGCAAUUUAAGCUAUGUUGUCAUACGAGUGUACGAAAAUAAUGAUACCCAGAAUAAACAGAUGGGGAAAGACUACAGAUGCAUUUGCUGUAAUAAGCGUGCAAAACCAAAAGAUCGUAGUCCAUUGACUGACACUGUAAAAAACUAUCUGCGAAAGGUCUUGCCUGCUGUAGUUCCAACAGACAGUGAUGUUAUUUGUUUUCAUUGUCGUGUCAAAAGUUACAAGAAUGCCCCAAAGCCUAGGCAACGUUCAGACAACAUCAACAAUGACCCGGACAACCAACCCCAACCAUCUACAUCCAGACAGCCAUUUAGUCCAUUAUCAAAACCGAAACCAGAUCAUCGUCGGAAGUGGGAUACAGAGGAAUAUGAGAAGAUUGUUGCAGCCCGCUUGGUGGAGGAGGAGAAGAAGGCCUUGGAAAAGGAGCUCUCCAAGCUCGACCCACCAGUGAGCAGAGAAAUGCUAAAGCCCAGAGAAUACAAGACAAUGAACCCGCCAAACUUCCUAUCUUUGCAAUGUGUCAACAAAGAACUGCUGUUGUCAUGGCAGCCUCCGUUAAACGAAAAAGGUGGACCUCAAGAUGUCAGCAGUUACAUUGUGUUUGCGUCCCCCUUGUUUGUGUCGCAUAGGGACACAAUCAUCUGGCAAAAACUUUAUGAAGUACAGGGAACACAUAACUAUGUUACUGUUCCCAAAAAUUACUGGAACACCACAUGGGCUCACGUGAUUGGGGUGGUUGCCGUGAAAGGGCUGCACCAAUCUGCUAUGGCCAAAGUGAUACUGCCGUUUCAUGGAGAUGACAGACUGCGCAAAAAUGAGGACACUUUCCAAUGUCAUGUUCCAGUGAAGAAAAACUUGCGCCUGGAAGAGGUUACAGGACACUGUAUGGUUGAAGAGGAUUACUACAACACACUGAGUUACAUUUUUUGUGCCAUACCAAUAGAUGUUACAAUGAUGCAAAGCGGAACAAUACCUUUGUGCAAAAUGAAAAUCAGUAUCAGUCCAGCCCUGAGCAAGAUGAUUGAGACUUCAACGGACAGUAAAGGAAUAAGAAAUGUGGAGCUACAUCUUAGGUUUUGUGAAUAUGACUUGCCUCUUGGACAUUGUAAGGACCGUAUCCCUGACUGCCUGGUGUUUGUAGGAUCACAGAGAGUUCAUAUACAGGAGAAUUACAAAGAAUCUUCUGUGCACAGACCAGUUGACAUCACCAAAGCCUGUGCUCUUGCCAAAUAUGACACCACACUGUCAGUGGAAUUAAGUCCUCAAGAAACAAAGAAACACUGUUUGUUUAUAACUGUGGUAAAGCGCCUUGAAAUGAGAACAAUUCUACAACGGCUUCUGAAGAACAUGCCAAGUAUUCUAGAGGCUAAGCAAUACAUCCAGGGCAGAUUUCAAACCGACUCUAGUGAAGUCCAGUCUACCAGCUACAAGGCAAAACUAACUUGUCCGAUAGGACAGAGUCGCCUGGUGACACCAUGUCGAGGGGACAAAUGCUCCCACAUCCUGUGUAUGGAGGCUGAGACUCUGGUCAGAAUGAACGAGGGCAAAUCUGUUAAGAAGUGUUUCAUCUGUCAGACGCCAUACUCAAAUAUUGUUGUAGACAAGCUGUUUCUGCUCAUACUCAAGAAGGUACCACCAUGUGUCACAGAGGUUGAGUUUCAGCCAGAUGGCAGCUGGAGUUACAGCAACAACGAAACAACAAUUUCAUCAUUAACACUUGAUGAAGAAGGCAUCCACUCUGGUAUACCAGAAGUGGAUAUGAGUUUACACAUAGAAAAUAACAACAGCUGUAUGGAAAUCCAAAAUUGUGAUGAAAUAUUACCAGAAAGUAUACCUGACCUCAAUGGCACCCAUAUAAGGGUAAAUACAGAAGAACAUAAAUCAAUCACUGUGGGUCCAACAAACCCAUUUGAUAGUAGACACAGACAUGCAUCCACAGAUGAAGAAGGCAUCCACUCUGGUAUACCAGAAGUGGAUAUGAGUUUACACAUAGAAAAUAACAACAGCUGUAUGGAAAUCCAAAAUUGUGAUGAAAUAUUACCAGAAAGUAUACCUGACCUCAAUGGCACCCAUAUAAGGGUAAAUACAGAAGAACAUAAAUCAAUCACUGUGGGUCCAACAAACCCAUUUGAUAGUAGACACAGACGUGCAUCGACAGAUGCUGUAUUUUCACAAGAAUGUUCUGGAGAAACACAAGGAAUAUAUUGUGUCGACCCUUCUGAUGAACUGCCUCAAGAAAAAGAGCACAUUGACACAUUAAACACCCCUCAGUGUCGUUCUAAACCUACAAAACGUAGCACACAAUUUGAAAAACAAAAGAGUUCUAAACUUGCAAGAUGUAGCUCAAGAGUAUCGGGACAGAAGGGUGCGGAGUCGAAGGAAAGAGAUAUUCAGAAAAGUUUGAAUACAAUACCCAACAAGUUAAAUAACGGUUCUAAUUUAGAGAAAAAUAGACUAAAUUGUAUGUCACAAGGCUUAAUGCAAUCCACUGUUAUUCUAGGUUCAAUUUCAGAUAAGCUUCAGGAAACUGUAUCAAAGAGUGAAAUAGGAUCAAUCCACUGUAAGGAUCAGAUUGACAUUCUUGUUAAUGAUUCACAAAAAGAAUUGAAUGCUAUGGAUUCUCAUGUGGAGGAAGGUAAAUUUGUAAAAAAUAUGGAAAUUGUGUUAUGUGAAUGGGCUGGAAACAAAGAGACCUACACAGAAAUGGAAGAUGAUAAAUCUGUUUUGCAUUCAAUAAUAGUUGACACUCAACUUGAGUGUCGUGAACAUGGCGCCACAAAUAAAAGUGUAACAAAUAAACCAAAGCAGACACAUAGUCAACAGUCUAUCAAUGUUGGUAAAUGUAGUCACACACACUUGUCGCUCUUGGACAACCUCAUUUCGAAUACAUUUACUUGUUCAAUCUGCAAGGAAGAAUUUGGUCUAACAAAGGUUUAUGAAAAUUUGGACGAGCGCUUAUGCAUCGAUUGUGCACGAAAGGAGGGUGUUUUAUCGCUUUCUUUGUAUAACAUAAUAAAUACUUAUGAAGGGAAAUAAUAUCGUCAAGAAGGUUAACUGGACACUUAAAUUUGUAUAUAGACAAAGUGCUUUCUUAAAUAAAAGUCUUAGAAGUUUAUGUAAUUCUUUAAUACAAUGCCAUUUAGGUUAUGCAUCCUCUUCGUGGUAUUGUGGGCUCACGAAACAGCUCAAACACAAGCUACAAAUAGUCCAAAAUAAAAUUGUUCGUUUUAUUAACAAUUCCCAUAGUAGAACAUCACUUGGUGUAUCGAAUUUUGAAGGUCUUGGUUUAUUGAACAUUGAGCAAAGAUACAAGCAACUUCGACUUAACCAUAUCCAUAAGAUUUUCUACAAUAAAAGCCCUAGCUAUAUGAAAGACAAUUUUGUCUAAUGUACAGAUGUCCAUCAAUAUGGGAAUAGAUCAAGAUUAAAUUUUUAUGUACCUCAAGUUGAUGGCUUUACUAGUUCUUCAUUUUACUACAAUGGUAUUAAGGAUUGGAAUUCAGUACCUGAUAAUAUAAAGUCCAUCAAAUCGAAAUUUACUUUUAAGCAACUUGUUAAGAAACAUCUAUUAAAUGAAAUGAAGGAAGACGAGAAUUCCAUGUAUUUUUACUUUUAGAUUUGUUUUAUUUUAUGAAAUUGCUUAUUUUAAUGCUAAUUUGUAUGAGUCUGUGUAUUAUCAUGUCAAUUGUUUGAAAGUCUCGCUUUUUUAAUAUGUAAGAUCAUGUCGUUUUUGUAUUAAGAACUGAAACAAACUAUAUAUUUAUGGUCACUUAUAAGACCUGUUUGACAAAAUCCAGGGUCCCCGUUAGAAAUAAGCUUAUUCAUGUUUGCAUGUCUCUGCUUUACGGGUUAUACUGUGUGUACAUCAUCGUUAUAUUAGUUAGAUCUGUGAUUAAAGGCACCAUUGACACUUGAAGUUAGAGUGUUAGCUAUAUGGUAUUAUUUGUAUCUGUACUUAACAUGUUACGAUAUUGUAAUGCAUUGAUUAUAUUGAACUGUAAAAUGCUGGUUUGACAUGUAUACACAAAUAAAACUAACUAAGUGG